UAUGAUCCUAGUGUUCUGCAGUCGGCAACACCGACAACCGACAACCUGCUAAGUUAGCCAAGGGGCUUUAAUUUACCAUCAAUUCCCCAAUUUGUGGCUUCUUUUGUAGUUUGACUGCCCGAUCAAGUAAUUUCCCAUCUCGACUCUGACCGUAUUAAAUAACCAAAUAACUUUGGGAUAAUGGCAGUUCCUACUACAUUACGACAAACACCCUUAACUUGCAGUGGACACACUAGGCCUGUCGUUGACUUGGCUUUCAGCGGUUUCACGGAGAAAGGUUACUUUCUUAUAUCAGCAUGCAAAGAUGGAAAACCCAUGAUGAGGCAAGGAGAUACUGGUGACUGGUUGGGCACAUUUGAGGGCCACAAGGGAGCUGUAUGGGGAGUUGCUUUAAGCCAAGAUGCCAGCAAAGCUGCAUCAGGUGCUGCUGAUUUCAUUGCUAAAGUCUGGGACGCUGUAACAGGGGAAGAAAUAUAUUCCUUCCAACAUCAGCAUAUAGUCAAAUGUGUGGCCUUUUCCCCAGACGGGAGCUUGCUUGCUACUGGAAGCAAUGAAAAGCUUCUUCGCAUUUAUGACUUGAAUAAUCCAACUGCUGAUCCAUUCAUCAUAUCUGGCCAUACCUCUGGAUUGAGACAUAUUGCAUUUCUUGGUAAGGGAGAGAAGAUAGUUAGUUGUGCUGACGAUAGAACCGUUAGAUUUUGGGAACGUUCAACGGGAAAGGAAAUUCACCGUAUAGAUUUUACCUCGAUCCCUAAUGGCAUUGAAGUUUCUAACGAUGAUUCCAUAUUGACGGUCGCUAGCGGGAACACAGUCAGCUUCUGGAAUACAACCAGCUUUGAAAAAAUAAAAGAAUAUCAAGUGCCUAGCCAAGUCCAUUCGGCCUCAUUACAUCCUUCACGCUCAGUCUUUGUAUGCGGUGGCGAAGACUUUAAAAUGUAUAAAAUGGAUUAUUCCAAUGGACAGGAAAUAGAAUCGUUUAAAGGUCACUUUGGCCCAGUUCAUUGCGUCCGUUUUUCUCCCGAUGGUGAAUUAUACGCGUCAGGAUCAGAGGAUGGAACUCUUCGUUUAUGGCAAACUACCGUUGGUAAAUCCUAUGGUUUGUGGAAGUGUAGCAGCGAUACUCCUACUUCAUCCGAAAUUCUGUCUUCACCUGCUAAAACCGAAACUGUGGCAUGAAGUGGAGCAGAGGAAAUGACCAAGUUAUAUUCCUUUUUGUUCCCAGUUAUAACCUCAGUGAUCUUAUUCACACCACGAUAACAGUGGUCACUCGACUUGUAAAGACAAUAUCAUUUUUGAGCCAUCAGGAAAUACAAGGAAUCCAUCCAUUC